AUGAACAAUCCAAAGGGUAAUGGAAUCCUUUUGGGUAAUGGAAUCCUUUUGGGUAAUGGACUCGGUCGAGCUAGGCAGACUCGACCGAUUGGUCUAGGAGAUGCUCAAACCGCCAUCAACAACAGAGGCAAGGAAUUGUCCCACCACUUAUGCCAUCAAAGACUCUUCCCUAUGUCUCUCGCUGACAAAGCUCACCAAUGGGAGAAGAGCCUACCACAUGGUACCAUCACCACUUGGAAUGAAUGCAAGAAGACAUUUCUUGCUAAGUUCUUUUCAACCGGUCGCACCGCUAAGCUAAGGAGUGAGAUAUCAGGCUUCACUCAGAGGAACAAUGAGACUUUUGCUGAGGCUUAG